AUGUCUAUAAACGGAGAUACCAAUAGUCUUGUUGGAUUUGAUGGAGCAGAGCAUCGGACGGCUUAUGUAUUUACUCCUACUUCUGCACCCUCAGAGGACCUACCCCAGCGCCCUAAGAAGCGUAGGAAAGUAGGAAAGACGCCAAAAAAAGCCCCAGAACUUGGUGAAGAUGCAGAUUCUUUCAAAUUAGCACCAUUACUGAAUGAGAAAGAGUCUCCCGAACUUUCAAGUCUACGUUUAAGCCUGUUUAAUCAGUAUUGGACAGAGACUGAAACAAAAAUCAAGUUAAUUCUGAAUGAAGCAAAUGAGGACACUUUAGUAGAGGUCACAUCUUUUGUAAAGAAUGAGAAGAGCACAGACAAAGUCCCAGCUGGAUUUAUUGUGACUGGACCAAAUAUCGCAUCUCAAGGCUUGCUCUUCGAACAACUUUCCACAAGACUUUCCAACGAAGUCAAUGGCCCGGUUGUCACCCUCAGAUCUGGGGAAUCAUCAAACUUGAAGGCACUACUUAAAAAGCUUAUUAGAGAUGUCACCCAUCAAAAGUCAAAUGGCGAAGACGAGAGUGAUAAUUUCCUCGAGCAAGAUGGCCGCAAAUUUUUGAACUACGAUUUAGGGAUUGUUCAUGGUUAUGUUAAAGCCCACGGGUGUGGUAGAGUGGUGGUAUCGUUCCAGGAUAGUGAAGCCUUUGACUCUGCUUUACUUGGAGACGUAAUAUCCUUAUUUGGCUCCUGGCUAGACCGCAUCCCCUUCGUCCUGUUAUUUGGAAUUGCUACAUCCGUCGACUUAUUCCAGGAACGACUUUCUCGUGUCGCUACUCGAUCUUUGCAUGGAGCACAAUUCGAUGUGGAGCAAACAAGUUCCAUCCUUGAAACCAUAUUUCUGAAGGUCAUCGCUGCCUCAGAUGCCCCAAUAAAGCUGGGACCAGGCAUUCUAUCGAGUCUCAUGGAACGGCAAAAUGAUCAUGUCCAGAGUGUACAAGCAUUCGUAGGAGCAUUAAAGGUAAUCUUUCCUCUUAUUUUAUGUACAAAGCAUUUUGAAGCUAUCAGGAUGCUACCAUCAUUCCAAAAUUAUAUUGAACAUCUUUUAGAGGGAGGUAAUUUAGAGCGUUCCAUGAGUUUGAUUACAGAUGAUGAGCUCCUUCUCCAAGAGGCCUAUACUUUAAUCCAAGACAAAGACCAUGCUGUGCAAAAAGUUCUCCGACUCAUGCAUAUUCUAGUCACCUUAGCAGUCGAAGCACCAGGAAAAAUCGAUCUUUAUAUGAAAGCAUCGGCUGGUUCUUUAAAGAGCUCGAACAAUUUACGUUCAAUCGUAGAUUCGAUCAAACGUGCCAAUCUAGAUGAUUUUCUAGGAUUUGUAACUUCGCUCAAAGACGCCAUAGAAAAUGGAAGCACCGAGCUCAACCUUGAACAAUGGUCGGACAUGGAACCAGAAUUCUAUGCAGAAAUCGUGGGUAUUUGGGAAGAUGCUUCAUCACUCGCAGGCUCAGAGGCAGGAAAAUCUAUCCGCAGCAGCUACAACAAAUCACUACGUACCACAGUUAUUUCUCACAAGGUCAAAAUCAGCGACGAAAGAUCAGCACUUACCAAGCAAGACAAAGAAUAUACGGUUCUUGUUGACAGGUUAAUUCAGGCCAUACAAAAUUUUGUAGAUGUGGACAAACUGCAGGAUCAAUUUAUGUCCGAAAUUUGGCUCUACGAUCUAAAAUACCCUUACCAAGAUGCAUUUACACCCAAAUCCCGCUUCGCGAUCGAGCGGGCUCUCUCCUCGCCCCAUGAGUAUCUUUCUUGUGCAUGUUGCGAUCCUACGAAAGAAGGAUCACUGAUGUCUCAUCCACCCACCGCAAUUUUAUACAAACUAUUUCUAGAAGCAGGAAAUUUGAUUAACAUUUUCGAUCUUUGGACGGCUUUUGUUGCUAAUUUGGGACCGGAAUAUGACGAGGGGGAUGAUAGUGAAAGACAGGCUUUGAUGUUGUUUUAUAGGGGACUUGCAGAUUUGAAACUGUUGGGUAUGAUCAAGCAGAGUAGAAAGAAAACAGAUCACUUGACGAAAUUGGCAUGGAAAGGAUUUUCCUCGGACGUAAGGAGCCAGAAGUUGAGAAGUUGCUUUGGGAACGACGGAUGGACUUUACCUGUUGUGAGGCGAACGAGUGGCGCGAGGGGUAAGGCCAUCUGUGCGAUCUUGGCGGCGAGCUCGGGUGAAAGAAAAAGCUGUGGACGUAUAUAUGAAGAUUUUUCCGAAAUGAUUCAGAUGAAGGAAAGGGAAUAA